AUCGCCUUGUGUCUUUGUGCAUACUACAUUCCACAAGAUUAAAUACUCGUGACGUCGCCAAGUGUUUAUUGUUGGUUGCCUAUAUAAAUUAUACAUUGCCCCUUAAAAAAAUAUGCGCAGUCUUAACAUUGAGCAUACUGCUUAUUCCUUAUACUUUAGUUUAGUGCAUGUUCAGUGGUGACAUCGGGGCCGAACCGGUAAACCACAUUGCCAAUUGGCUUCUAAAUUUUAAUUCAUAGCUUAGUUUUUCGGACAACUGUCCCCAACUCCAUCGACUGUCCAGUAUUUUAAUUCGUGAUAAGUGGGUAUAUGUUAUCUAUAAUUGUGGUUAUUUUUUUUUUUUUUGUUCAUCCAAAUUUUGGACAUGGCUGCGAAUCAUAUUUCAAAAUUAUCAAAACCAAGAAAUAUUCACUGACUAAUCACCAAUCCACCAUUGACCACUAGAAAAGAUUUACUGCCCACCGGACCACAGUAGAGUAGUAGAGAUAGCUGCGCUUCGUGACCAGUGAUCAUUUCCCGAGUCAUUUCCACUUUAAUUCACGGGCAGCGAUGAUAAUUACUGAUGAUCUAUCAUCAUACUGUGGUGGUCGAAAUUGUUUGUAAGCACCUGUCUGUAUUGCUUUUUCUGCGGUACAUCUCCAUCGGUUAGUGGUUUUUAUCAUCAUCAUGGUCUCAACAAUCAUUGAGGUUUUUUUACCACAUCAUGAUUUACUGGUUCUAUACCUUGUUCCAAAAGAGAAGACACCAGAUUUAUGUAUGAAUACCGGUUUUGCCCGUGGCCGCCUGAUUUCUUCUCUUUUGAAACCAAUAAAAUCAAAAUGAAUAAUCGUAAGUCACGUCGAAACAAUAACAAAAAAAAAGUACCUCCAAUAAAUGUUGAAUUAGAUGGCGAUACAAUUAAAAUUCCACUAUCAACCCUCAAUAAUAUUAUAGAACAUGAAAGUAGUAACUAUAUGUUGGAAAUUCUGACUACGAAGGAUGCUAUUGGCCUAAAUGAGUUGGUAAAUGUUCAGGAUUGGAAAAAAAAUUGUAAAAAAUUGGAGACUCAAGCCAAAAUGUUAGACAGUAUUGCAAGUCGCUUAAAGAGAGAUAUAAAAAUAAAUAAGUUAGCACAACCAAUGAGGUGUCUUUCUGCUUCGGUUAAUCAACAUGUUAUUGUUACACUGAACAAAAAAGCGAAGAAAGAUGCACUUCUGGGGAAGAAUUAUCAAGUAUUUACAAUAUCAGAUAGUGAAGAUGAUGUCAUAAUAACUGAUACGUCAAAUAUGAAAUCAAAUAUGAAAUCAAUACACACUAAAAGUGAUAAAAUUAUUGAUUUGAUUGAUUUAGAUGAUGAUACCCAAAUUGUGGAGAUUAAACUUGAGCAAGCUCCGAAAUCGAAAACAAAUUGUAAAUCAAAUAGUGAAGAUGAUCCUGUCAUAAUAACUGAUACGUCAAAAAUCAAACCAAUACCAACUACAAAUGAGAAUAUUAUUGAUUUGAUUGAUUUUGAUAAUAAUACCCAAAACUUGGGGGUUAAAAUUAAGCCAGCUUCAAAAUCAAAAACAAAUGUUUCUAUACCUGAUCUUAAAACCAAUGAUAAUAAUAAAGUACUGCCAAUUAAUACUGAAGCCAGCAAAACUUUAAGUAAUGGAAAAUUUUUAUCCAAAACUAUACAUAAACGGAAACCUGGGCCAAAAUCAAAGACAAUGUUUGUUAGUGAUGUUUCUUUUAAUGCUGAAAAUGAGAAAACUCCUACAAAAAAAAUGCGUUUAAAUGAGUGUGAAGAUAUUAAUAACGAAGAAUCAAAUACAGUAAAUUUGUUAAGUUGUAGGUCAGUAAAGAAAUUAGAAGUUCCCGAGAAGUAUAUCCAUAACUCAAAGUAUCCACCACCUUAUCCCUUAAUACCACCACAUAAUAAUCAACCUUCAUGGAAAAACGUGCCACCAAUGCCUGAUAUGACAAUCAAGGUUUCAGGAAAUAAAGUGACUUUAACUUGGGACUUGCAUUUGACUUUGCAGACGGCAAAGAUCAAAAUGUAUGAACUAUAUGUAUGCAAAGAAACAGAUGCACCUCCAAAAACCUCUAUGUGGAAAAAAAAGGGCAUUAUAAAAGCAGAUUUGUUGCCUAUGGCUUGUGAACUAGAAGUGUAUGAUUUAGGACAUUUUUACUAUUUUGCUCUAAGAGCGGUAGAUGAACACAACAGACGUGCGCCUUGUGCUGUUAAAAAAACUAUGAUUUAGAAUUUAGAUUUUAAAUUUACGAUAAGUAUUUUAUUAUAACUAAAAUGUUAUUAGCUAAUGGGUUAAACAUUGUAUAUUAUUAAUUCAAAACAGUUGAUAUAUCUUUUUUCUCAAUAAUUUAAUGAUAAGUAGCUAUAAAUUUUUAAUUGUAAGCUAUUAUAUCUUAUUGAAUUUGAUUGUAAACUUUUGUAUAUUGAUAUCUUUGGUUCAAAUAUAAUAAAUAUAAGAUCCGAUAUUACAUA